AUGGCGCACGCCGGAAUCAACAUGAAACUGUUUGCGGCCGACGAGUCUGCCCCAAUCAAGAAAAGCCUUUCAUUCUUUGGCAUUCUUGCUGCUGGCUACAAUGUCAGCAACAGCUGGCUGGUUGUGGCAGCAACAAUGGUCGUUUCCCUCAUCUAUGGGCCCAUGAAUACCAUCUGGGGCUUGUGUACUACGACUUUAUUCUACGCCUGCAUUGGCCUGACAUUGGCCGAACUGGUCUCGGCAUACCCAACGACAGGCGGACAGUACCACUGGACAUCGAUCCUGGCACCAGCCUCCAUCAGUCGCCCGGCGAGCUAUUUCACCGGCUUCAUCAGCUGGUUUUCCUGGCUAACUCUUGCGGCAUCCGCGCAAGGGGCGCUCUCGUAUCUUGUCUACGCUUUGGCGUUCAGCAACAAUCCAAACUUUGUCCCUCAUCCAUGGAUGUCUUUUCUGCUUUACGAAGCCAUGACCUGUCUUUCGGUGUUGAUGAAUCUCUUUUUACAUAAGCUAUUGCCAAAGUACUACAUGUUCGGAUUUAUACUGAGUCUCCUCUCUUUCGUUGUCAUCACUGUGACAUGCUUCGCCACGGCCAAAGACAAGUCAUCGUCUUCUUUUGUCUGGCUUACUUCGAUCUCCGGCUAUGGUUGGCCGAAGGGUGUCGACUUCUUGAUUGCCCUGGCUUCGCCCGUUGUGGCAUUCUGCCCUCUCGACGGAGCCGUCCACCUGGUGGAAGAGGUGAAGCAGGCUCCGAAAGUAGUUCCCAGAACAAUCCUAGCAGCAUUGUCCACAUCGUUCCUGACAAGUAUUGUCUUCACUCUCUCGGCACUUUACUCUAUUUCCGACUUUGAUUCAGUCUUAUCUACCCCGUCCGGAUUCCUUCUCUGGGAGGUUUGGGCGCAAGCAACGGGAUCAACAGCCGCAACUACGGUCUUCACGUGCCUCAUUAUUGUCCUGCUACCUGUUGGCAGCAUCGCCUGCACUCAAGUCGACUCCAUGAUGACUUGGAGCUUGGGCUGUGAUAAGGCUUUGGCUUUCUCUAACAAGCUGGGUACCAUUAACAAAAGACUUCAGGCGCCGGUGUGGGCGCUUCUCCUCAACGGAUUCCUAAUGUUCUUGAUUGGAAUCUUGUAUCUUUUCUCGACUCUCGCAUUCAAUGCUAUCAUCGGGUCCGCCAUCAUUCUGCAGCAAAUCACCUUCGCGGUUCCCGCAAUUCUGCUCAUCUACCAUCGUCGCUCCCCGGAGGCACUUCCAACACACCGAGCGUUCCGCCUUCCAAACUGGUUGGGAUGGUUUGUCAAUGUGUCCACAGUCUUGUGCACCAUCUGCACAACCAUUUUCUUCUUGCUGCCUUCAACAAGCUAUGUUGAUUCCGAGACAAUGAACUAUGCCUGCGUCGUCGUCACUGGUGUCUUGCUUUUGGCGCUCGUGAAUUGGAUUGCCUUUGCACGAAAACAUUACCAUGGGCCGAGGUCCAUUACACUACAUCGUGAUUAA